CGAAAGCGUCUUAACGUAUCGUGUUCAUGCGUUGUACAACCUCAGGACAUUGCGGUUAGUGGAAAAUCGUUGAAGCAUGCAUUCAGUUCAAAACAAACGAAUGCAUAGCCAGAGGGAAUGUGACAGCUAGCCAGGUCGGAAGUAGAGCAGUGGUCCUGCAGUACAUUGCACUGUUUCAUCACCCAGUCAGCAUUGUCCGUGGGAUACAGACAUAGAGGUCCGUGGAUUGAUGUUGGCAGGUGCGAUUGAUGUUUGGAUCCAUACGCGCCAAGAUCCAAGAGUGGAGCAUUGUUUGUUCCCCACAAGCCACAAUUCAAAGCGGGCUAGCUCCAACCAACCGUGACUAUAGUUACAGACGAGCUGUGGCAGAUGGUUGUAUUGACGAGGAACUGACCACGACUCUUUGACCACGACUCUGACCAGCGAUCGACACCAAACGCUGGUUUCAUUCAUACCACGCGUUUCGAGAUUUAUGGACGUCAUUUUGAAGUUUAAAAACUAAACCAAAGGGACAACUGAGGUAGUCAUGGCUAACGACAAAGAGGCAGACGAUGCCCCGAAAAUGGAGAUGGAGAGAAACCUUGGACUCUUGUCAGGGAUUGGGCUCAUUGUUGGCACCAUGAUAGGCUCUGGCAUCUUCAUCAGCCCUAAAGGUGUCUUGGAGGGAUGCGGAUCUGUGGGGCUCAGCCUUGUCAUCUGGACGCUGUGUGGAGUACUGGCUACUAUGGGUGCCUUAGUCUACGCCGAACUGGGAACAGCUGUGCCUCGAUCUGGUGGGGAGCAUGCGUACUUAAUGUAUACGUACAAGGGUGAUAAAAGCAAAAUUGGGAGACUUCCGGCGUUUUUGUUUGACUGGACUGGUCUGUUUAUUAUUCGCCCAACAAUGGUAGCUGUCAUCAGCCUCGCUAUGGGGACGUACAUUGUCAAGCCUCUCUACCCCGGAUGUGAUCCCCCGACUUCCGUCGUCAAGUUGGUGACUGCUCUCGGAAUGCUGUUGAUCACAUUCUGCAACUGCGUCAGCGUCCGACUCGCCACAAUAAUCCAGAAUACCAUGACUGUCCUCAAACUGUUAGCUAUAGCCAUCAUCACUAUCGGAGGCAUAUACAAGAUAGCUGAAGGUAACAUUGAGUAUAUAUCUGAGGGAUUUGAAGGAACUUCGCAGAAUCCAUCAACUGUCAUAUUUGCCUUCUAUAACGGCUUAUGGGCAUUCGAUGGUUGGAAUAGUUUAAAUUUUGUGACAGAGGAGCUGAAGAACCCAAGCAGGAAUCUCCCUAUUGCUAUUAUGGUGGGCAUCCCACUGACGACAGUCUGCUACGUCCUCGCCAACAUCGGCUACUUCAGCGUCAUGUCCAAGGAGGAGAUAAUCCUGUCACACGCGGUCGCCGUGACCUGGGGCGACCGCGUCUUGGGCGUCAUGUCCUGGUGUAUCCCGAUGUUCGUGGCCAUGUCGACAUUCGGCUCCGUCAACGGCUGUCUUUUUUCGUCAGGAAGAUUGUGUUAUGUAGCGGGUCGAGAUAGCCAUUUCCCCAAGAUGCUGUCAUUUAUUCAUCAUAAACGACGCACGCCGAUCCCCGCCAUGUUGUUUACUCUGACGAUAUCUAUUCUGCUCCUCAUCCCCGGAGACAUCUCCACCCUCAUCGACUGCUUCAGCUUCGCCUCCUGGUUGGUGUACGGCGUCACGUCUUUCUCCCUCAUAGUCCUCAGGUUCAAGGAGAAGGAUCUACACAGACCCUACAGGGUGCCCAUAUUUGUACCCGUGAUAGUGUUUCUAGCCUCCUGCUACUUGGUGCUCGCCCCGGUUCUACAGAAUCCUGGCAUCCAAUUCCUCUACGCUAUCAUCUUUAUUGUCAGCGGUGGCUUCAUCUUCGUUCCGUUUGUGUACAUGGGGAUACACUUCAGUUUUAUGGAUCGCCUGACAGGACUGUGUCAGAAGGUAUUGUUAUUACUACCAACCAAGCGAGAACAGGUUUCCUAGAAUUAUUAGUAAUAUCACCGUGUACAUGAUUUGUAAUUCAAUAAAAACAUUCAUUAUU